CAGAUGUGAACUCGGUCGAAGGGGGAAGACCAGGAGUAAGGGUUGGGCCAGAGCCGAGAGCUUCGAGAGCUUCGAGAGAGAUAGCGAGAGCAGAGGGUAUCGAGAGAGUUUUGAGUGAGAGAGAGGAAGAAAGAGGCGAGAGAGAGCUUCAAGGGAGAGAGAGUUCUCCCGUUUUUUCUGGGAAUCGAAAGAGAGAAAACUGAGGAAAAAAGGAAGGUAGAGAGAAGAGGAGAGAGGGGUGAUCGAGCUGAGAAGGAGAGAAAAGCGGAGAUAGAGGGUAGAGACGAUUUGAGAGAGAAAGAGGGUUUAAGCUAGAGAGGGCGUCAUCAACUUUCUCAGAUCUUCGUAGAUAUCUGUUUUUUAGUUCCCAAAUCAGCAAGUUUCAAUUGUUUCAGGUUACAACAAGAGGUUGGACAAGACUCUCUUAAAACAUUCUCCUUUAAGCCAAACAAAACUUAAUCAAAAACCUUGGAAAGAUGAACUCCAUAUUGAAGCAGACAUUGACCCUUUUGAGAGGGACAGGUUUUCCACACAAUCCAUUAAGUUCAGUGCAUCAGCAGCUUCAGCAGUGGCGAGGGAUUCGAGUGCAGGUACGGAAUGGGAAUCUGGAGCAGGCACUGACAGUGAUGCAACGUCGGAUGAGGGCAAGUGGGAUGGAAUACCUGAUAAAGCGUCAGUCAAGAUACCACAUCAAGAAUUCUGAGAAACGCAUCUUAGCCCGGAAGAACUUGGAGCGAAAGAUCCGUUCUGAAGAGCUUUCUCGCAAGCUCUAUGCCAUUAUCAGCAAGAAAGUCAGGGGUCUCUGAGAGCAAAUUCAAAUGUCUGUUUAGUUCUCUGCAGAAUAUCUAUGCACCUUCCUGUUAGUUUUAUAGGCCUAUUUCAUGUACUUUGGAUUUUCAUUGGGUAUUUUCCCCACUCUCUUUUUGAACUUUUCACAUGAGAAGAUCUAUGAACUUGUGUUUUUCACUAUUUUUUAUUCGAUAGAAGCAAGCACAAACCACUUGGUUUAA